AUGAACAGCCCUGAGGGAUCAUGGGUGGGAAUCCAGAGCUACAGUGCCACCAGCCGCUGUGUGUCCCGGCCCAGUCAGACACGCAGCCACUACAGGAAGCUGUUUGUGGUGCUGGUCAUCAUCGGCUCCGUCUGCAUGGUCAUCAUCACUUCUGGGUUCUUAUACAUCUGCUGGCAAAGACGACUGCAGGUAACCAAGACGACGACCAAAGACCUGUCUAAGGACGCCAGGGACAAGAUCUUAAACCUGUACAAGGCUGGAAUGGGCUACAAGACCAUCAGCAAGCAGCUUAGAGGCUGGAUAAGCACCGUAGCGAUGAACAACGGCAACAAGUGCAACCUGGGCUCCGGCUACGACAGCCCGAAGGAGAACGUGCCGAUAGGUGGAAUCAGAACCAGCCCCACGAGCCUCAUGAACAAGGGGAACAAGUUCCGCGACGGAGCCUACAGCGCGAGCGGGGAGCGGGGCGUGCAGCAGCAGAAGGCCGGCUCGCAGAUCAACUCCACCCGCUACAAGACCGAGCUGUGCCGGCCCUUCGAGGAGAACGGCUCCUGCAAGUACGGGGAGAAGUGUCAGUUCGCUCACGGCUACCACGAGCUGAGGAGCCUGUCCCGCCACCCGAAGUACAAGACGGAGCCGUGCCGCACCUUCCACACCAUCGGCUUCUGCCCGUACGGGCCCCGGUGUCACUUCAUCCACAACGCCGACGAGCUCCGGCCCGCUCCGGCCGCCAACGCCAACAUACAGCCGGGGGAGCCCCUGUCGACCCGCGAGCUGGGCGGCUACAGCCAGCGGGACAGACCCAAGCUCCACCACAGCCUCAGCUUCUCCGGCUUCUCCACCCACCACGGGCUCGAGUCCCCCCUGCUAGGCAGCCCCACGUCCCGGACCCCGCCGCCGCCCCACACCGGCUCCUCCUGCUCCCCCAGCUUCUACGACGAGGUGCUGUCCCCCAACUCUAUGUCCUGCAUCAACAGUGCCUCCGACAUUCCUGUCAUGAUAACAACUUCUGUUAUUUUUCCUGAUCAACAUGACAUUUCAACAAUGAUCUCGCGGAGGAGAACACGCCCGCCGCGACGUCUCAGAACACGAACUCUCAGGUGCUUGUUGCAGAUACAAGACAUUUUUCCGCCCCUCAACACAUGUACAAGCUGUAAGGACGCCAGGGACAAGAUCUUAAACCUGUACAAGGCUGGAAUGGGCUACAAGACCAUCAGCAAGCAGCUUAGUGAGAAGUAG